AAACUGCAAAAAAGCAUCUAAAUAAGAUAUUAAAUGAUGUUGAAUUGGAUGCUCUCCUAAAUGGUCCAAAAAGGCUUGAAGAAAUAGAUCAAAAAUUAUCUAAAUUAGGUGGUGGAAAAUGA